AUGUUACAAAACUUUGACGACGAUGCCAUCAAAUCUCCCGCUGUGCAGACGCAGAUUCUCUUCGGGUGGAAGAUGAGCAAACUCGGCAAACCUCCACAUCCUCCAAUCUGUGCGAUCACGGGCCAUCCAGCUCGGUACAAAGAUCCCAAGACGGGUCUGCCGUACUAUAAUGGAUAUGCUUACAGGGAGAUUCAGCGCAUUUCCAAGGGCGACUACAAAUGGAGCAGCCUGUUGGGAGCGUGGGUCGGCAAUGGGUCGUUUGCCGCAAGGGGCGUACCCACGCGCUUCCUUGGUGGUCCGAAAGAGGUCACAGAUGCUCCGAAGCCAACAGAAGCAGCUCCAGCGAGCGAAGAGCCUGCCAAAGAGCAAGCCGUAGCUCAACAGCCCGCGACUGAGCCUGUUCUAGUGCCUGCUGAGGCAUCUGAAGUCGUUGCAGAGCCGAAGGCACAAGUGGCACAGAGCUGA